GGUGGAGCCCUGCUGCUCUCGCUGCUCUGUGGGGUCAUCCUAAUGUCCCCGGGGUCAGCAGGCCCCCUGCAGCCAACACGCAGCCCUAUCCCGCCGGGACAGCCCUUCCUUGUGCUGUGGGGUAUUCCUGACACGGCCUGCCUCAGACGCCCGGACCCCGCCGCUUUCGGGAUGGAGAGGGAGGGCCGCGUGUCCGUCUUCUACGAGGACAACCUGGGCCUCUAUCCCUUCUACAACUCCCAGAAUCAGCCGGUGUCUGGCGGCCUGCCCCAGCACACCAGCCUGGACGUGCACCUGCAGAGGACACAGGCCGACGUGCUGGCCGCGCUGCCCUCCGCUGAAGCCCAGGGCCUAGGCCUGAUCUGCUGGGAGGAGUGGGCGUCGCAGUGGGGGCGUAACCGCGGCAAACAGGAGAUCUACCAGCAGGAGUCGCGCGCCCUGCUGCGCGGUUUCUUCCCUGACUGGAGCCCUGAUGAGGUGGACAAGUGGGCGCAGGUCGACUUUGAGGCAGCAGCACAAUCCAUUCUGAUGGAGACUCUGCAAGAGGCGAGGAGGCUCCGCCCCCAGGUCCUGUGGGGCGUGGCCCCAUACCCGAGCUGUUACAACUCCGGCCCCGGCCAGCGGUUAGAAAACUACACGGGCCGCUGUCCUGCUACGGAGAUGGCCCUGAAUGACCAGCUGCAGUGGCUCUGGAAGCGUUCCUCUGCCCUCUUCCCCACCCUCCUGCUGGACAAACUCCUGGGGCGCUCUCGAGCGGCACGACUGUACGCCUCCAAUCAGAUCCGUGAGGCCCUGCGGGUGGCAGCCCUGGCUGGUACCGCUUACGACCUUCCUGUUUUUCCAUUGGUCAGAAGCGUCUACACAUCCACCAAUACGUUUCUGUCUGAGGCCGACUUGGUCAACACCAUGGGGGAGAGCGCAGCAAUGGGGGCGGCUGGAGUCAUCAUCUGGGACAAAUUCUUCUCAGCUAAGACCCAGAAAGCAUGCUGGGAGUUGGCGGAAUUUGUGCGCGAGGUCCUGGGCCCAUACGCAGUAAACGUGACGUCGGCGGCACGGCUCUGUGGCGAGGCUCUGUGCCAGGGGCGCGGGCGCUGCCUGCGGAAGAACCCGGAGGACCGCUCCUAUCUGCACCUGCCCCCCGCCAGCUUCCUGCUGCUGUCCGACGGGCCGGACGGCCUGCAGGCGGUGGGGGACCUGGCCUCUGAGGACCUGGAGGCGUGGCGCCGUGACUUCCAGUGCCAGUGGUACGAGGCCCUGGAGGGCACUGCCGCCGAUGAGGAGUCCCCGCUGGCUCUGGCCAAUGGGCAGGGCAGGAAGCCUCCAACGCUGACUGAACAGACCACUGUGGCGGGGCCCACUGUGGUGGGGCCUACAGAGGUGGGACCUACAGCGGUGGGGCCUACAGAGGUGAGGCCUACAGAGGUGAGGCCUACUGAGGUGGGGCCCACAACAGAACCAACAUCAAGACCCACGGCAGCACCGUCAAUUUCUCCCCCGAACCAGGGCACCCCGCUCCUAACUCCUCCCCUUUUCACUCUGCUGCUGUCUGCCCUCCCCUUCCUCGCCUAUACCUGA